CCCAAAAUGAAUGUAAUACUUGCCGUGAAGCAGUAUAUCAGCAAGAUGAUUGAUGAAAGUGGACCGGGAAUGAAAGUCCUACUUAUGGACAAAGAGACUACCAGUAUUGUGAGUAUGGUGUAUGCCCAGUCAGAAAUUCUACAGAAGGAGGUAUACCUAUUUGAGAGGAUAGACUCGUCCGCCAGAGAGACUAUGAAACACCUCAAAUGUAUAUGUUUCCUCAGACCAACACGUGACAAUGUAGAACUCCUAGCACAAGAACUUAGACUGCCUAAAUAUGGCCUUUAUUAUAUAUAUUUCAGCAAUGUGAUCAGUAAACAAGAUGUCAAAGUGUUAGCAGAAGCAGACGAUCAGGAAGUGGUACGAGAAGUUCAGGAGUUCUUUGGUGAUUUCAUAGCAGUUAAUCCCCACUUAUUUACACUGAACAUUCUAGGCUGUAGUCAGGCCCUUAAUUGGUCCCCUACAGCCUUAACUAGGACGACCCAAGGGUUGACUUCUGUGUUGUUGUCCCUAAAGAAAUGUCCAAUGAUCCGUUACCAGAACUCUUCUGAAAUGGCCCGCAGAUUGGCAGAGAAUAUCAGAAGUACUAUCAGCAAGGAAGCAGCAUUAUUUGAGUUCAGGAAGACAGAUGUUGCUCCAGUUUUACUGGUAUUGGACAGACGUGAUGAUCCUGUCACCCCCUUACUGAAUCAGUGGACAUACCAAGCUAUGGUUCACGAGUUACUAGGUAUCAACAAUAAUCGCAUCAACCUAUCACAUAUACCAGGCAUCACUAAAGACCUACAGGAAGUUGUCCUCUCUGCUGAACAUGAUGAAUUUUAUGCAAAUAAUAUGUACAAUAAUUUUGGAGAAAUUGGAACAAAUAUCAAGGAUUUGAUGGAAGAAUUCCAGAAAAAAUCCAAAAGUCAGGCCAAGGUGGAAUCCAUAGCAGAUAUGAAGGCCUUUAUAGAGGCCUAUCCUCAGUUUAAAAAGAUGUCUGGUGCUGUAGCUAAACAUGUGACAGUGGUGGGAGAGUUGUCCAGACUAGUCAGUAAAAUCAAUCUCCUGGAAGUGUCUGAAACUGAACAAGAGCUGGCAUGUCAGGGAGACCAUUCCGCCUGUUUGCAGAAAAUCAAGGGCCUACUAAGUGGAGACAAAACACCACAAUUGGACAUGCUGCGCCUGGUGAUGCUGUAUGCCCUGCGCUAUGAGAGCCACAGUAAUAAUGAUGUGUCAGGCUUAGUCGAAGGGCUUCGUAGGAAAGGUCUUAGUGAAAAACACAGAGCAAUGGUGCAUGCAGUAUUACAAUACGGAGGGAGAAAGGCUCGUGGUAGUGAUCUCUUUGGUAACCAGGACCCAGUUGCCAUCACCAAGAGGUUCCUCAAGGGUUUGAAGGGAGUUGAGAAUGUUUACACCCAGCACAAACCCCUAAUGUACAGUAUCGUUGACCAACUUAUUAAGGGCAAGCUGAAGGAAGGUGCCUAUCCAUAUUUGGGCACAGGUCAAUUAAGAGACAAGCCCCAGGAUAUUGUGGUGUUUAUGAUUGGAGGUGCAACAUAUGAGGAGGCUCUGGCAGUCCACACUCUGAACAGAUCAAGCCCCGGGGUGAGGAUUGUUCUCGGAGGAACCACUGUUCACAACUUUAAAAGUUUUUUAGAUGAGGUAGCACAAGCAGUUGGAGGACAGCCAUCUAGUCGGUCAGAGGGAAGGUCAAGACAGUGGUGAAAAUUGAUUAGUGAUGUCACUAAACACAGCCUUUUUAUUGAUGGAAGGGAAAGUUGAAACAGUUGUGAUGAUAAAGUGAUGACUUAAACACAAAGUGCUGUACAAAAAUGAUGUGGUUGUAUUUCCUUAAGAAACAGAAACAGACACAGAAAGUUCCUACAAAUAUACUUCUGUAUCUAUUUUCCUGCCUGGGGAUGGAAAUGACUUAUUCAAAAUUAUAAGGUUAUAUAAGAUUGUGUAAUUACAAAAUUAUAAGGAUAUGUAAGAUUGUGUAAUUACAAAUGACUUGUUAAUUUCUAAUCAGUUAUUAGAGAAUGAAGAUUUGCCCCUGAUGUUGAUAACCUCAACACACAGCUGUUUCUGUGAUGGUUUUCCAGAAGCCUCUUUCAUUGACCAUGCUCAAUAUGGCUUCCAUGUGUUAUAUUGCAGGUAAAGACAUAAGUAAGUGUUGCUUAGGAAGAUAGGUCUAAAAGUUGUUGAGUAUGAACUUGGUGACAUUGCAAACGUGAAAUAAUUGCCUGUUUACUUAACAUAUGGUAACUUUGUUGAUUUUUAUACACAGCAUAGUUCCUAUUAUCAACACCUUAGGGAUGUUAGUAUGAUUUAACAGAGAUGUGUAAGAUGACAAAAUUCUAUAGAGCUAACCACUGUCAUGUUUAGGGGUAUAUGAAGGUUCUAUAGAGCGUGACCACUGUCGUGUUUAGGGGUAUAUGAAGGUUCUAUAGAGCGUGACCACUGUCGUGUUUCGGGGUAUAUGAAGGUUCUAUAGAGCGUGACCACUGUCGUGUUUAGGGGUAUAUGAAGGUUCUACAGAGCAUGACCACUAUCAUGUUUAGGGGUAUAUGAAGGUUCUCUAGAGCGUGACCACUGUCGUGUUUAGGGGUAUAUGAAGGUUCUAUAGAGCAUGACCACUAUCAUGUUUAGGGGUAUAUGAAGGUUCUACAGAGCAUGACCACUAUCAUGUUUAGGGGUAUAUGAAGGUUCUCUAGAGCGUGACCACUGUCGUGUUUAGGGGUAUAUGAAGGUUCUCUAGAGCGUGACCACUGUCGUGUUUCGGGGUAUAUGAAGGUUCUAUAGAGCGUGACCACUGUCAUGUUUAGGGGUAUAUGAAGGUUCUACAGAGCAUGACCACUAUCAUGUUUAGGGGUAUAUGAAGGUUCUCUAGAGCGUGACCACUGUCGUGUUUAGGGGUAUAUGAAGGUUCUAUAGAGCAUGUCCAAUGUCAUGUUUAGGGGUAUAUGAAGGUUCUCUAGAGUGUGACCACUGUCGUGUUUAGGGGUAUAUGAAGGUUCUAUAGAGCGUGACCACUGUCGUGUUUCGGGGUAUAUGAAGGUUCUAUAGAGCGUGACCACUGUCGUGUUUCGGGGUAUAUGAAGGUUCUAUAGAGCAUGACCACCGUCAUGUUUAGGGGUAUAUGAAGAUUCUUACAAGUGGUUCACAAAUAAGCCCUCCCCUAACUAGAAUACUAAGCUUUUACACUAGAGAAGGGAGCUUAUUUGAGGAUAAAUAUGGUAGAUGGGUCCUUACAACUGCUGAUGUUAUUCAUUGGAACAUACAUAGUCCAUUAAUCCUCUAUAUAUAUUUAAUACAGCAAAUUAUUUAUGAACUUUUACUUACAUGUCUUUAUAAAAUAUUUAAUACAGAAAAGCAUUCCUGCACAGUCCCAUUGUGUUUAUAACAAUAUCUAGAAUAGAACAUGGACAAUGGUUACUGGUGACCAGGUUGGUCACUUUAAUAUCGUGGUCAUCUAAAGGUCAGGUCAAUGGUCAUUAAAUCUAUCUUGUUACAUUUGACUUGUUAAACCCACAGAAAUCAGUUUAAAUUCUCUUGGAUCUGUGGUUUUGUGGAUUGAUGGUAGUGGAACUAACCUGGAUCACUAGCAACUCGGUAGCUCGAUUUGUUAGACUUACCUGGAUCAAUAGUGACUCGGUAGUCUGAUUUGUUAGACUAACCUGGAUCACUAGCGACUCGGUAGCCUGAUUUGUUAGACUAACCUGGAUCACUAGUGACUCAGUAGCCUGAUGUGUUAGACUAACCUGGAUCACUAGUGACUCGGUAGUCUGAUUUCUUAGACUAACCUGGAUCACUGAUUACUCAGUAGCCUGUUGUGUUAGAGGUUGAAGAAUAUUUUGACCUUUCCCUGGCUUAAGCAUAGGACAGAGAAAUCUCUACCUGAGGAGGAGAUUCACAACUGUCUAAGCAUAGGCUAUGAAGGUUAGACUGUCAGGAUUCUCCCCCAAGGGUAGAUGUUUCUCUCUCCAACCCUCAAACUAAGGAAGAAUCCUUUUUCUAUCCUUCAUCUAGAACAAAAAUUCUAUUAAUAGAAUAAUGUGACAAAUAUAUGCAGACAAAUAUGAAAACAAAAUUAAGCAAAUAAAAGCUUUUUGUUUUUAUUUUGAUCAAUCUAUAUUAUACAUUGUUCAAAGACGAGUGUAAUGAUCAAUCACUGUCAUUAUGUAUUGAAAAAUUAUUUGUAUAAACAUAAAUGACCUACCAUUUUCUUACUAUAAAAACGUAUCUUCAUUUGUCAAAAUCAACUAGUCACACCUCUCGUCUGAAAUUUACAACUUCAGUUAAGCACAUAUUAAUGUUCUGUGCAUGCAGACUGUCUGACCCCAGUAAGGUAGAGACAUCUCACCAGAAGUAUGGAUAUUUCUGUCCGAUGGCGUACAAUUGGAAUUCUGGUCUGCAUUUUGCCUUUGCCACUCUGCUAUAGCUAAACUGAUUAAUUUUCAAAAUAUCUGCUGGUAUUUUGAACCAUUUACGUGUGUAAAAUUUGUUAAGAUAAUAUGUACAUUAUUUAUAAGUUUUAACAUGAUGUAUUAUUUUAAGAUUUUGACGGUAUACUUUAACAUACCAUAAAUUUGUUGCUGUAUAAAGACAGACCAAAUGUCUUUAUAACAAAUGACAUUGUGAUCACUGUAUAUAUAAGUUCUUGUGUGUAGUUGAUUCCAUAGAGGGUCAGUGCAAUAUACUUACUGUUACAUGUAAUUAGUAAUUCAGUCUCGCGUUUUAAAUGUAAGUGUAACAACUUUACUUUCCUACCUAAUCAGAUUGCCAUGGUGAUCAUAAGUUUUACUUAUUACUUAGGUAAGAAGGUGGUGAAAAUCUGAAGCUGGUAUUGAGGUGGAAGAUGUGAAAAUUAUAUCAAUGUGUGAUGUGUUAAACAAACAUACCAAGGUGAAACAUGAAUGAAGAAAAAAUGUCAAUGUGUGAUGUGUGCAAAAAAAUUAUACUUAUUGCAAUGUGAAUGGAAAAUAUAUGUAUGUAUGAUAUGUAUGAUAAUUAUAAAAAAGGUGAAUUAUAAUGGGAAUGAAAAUAAGUUUUGAAAUUUGUGAAAAGACAAUAUCACCACUGUACAUUAGCCAUGUUUACAUUUUACAUCCUUAAUGUAUAACAGGAGAUAUGUUUUGUAUGCCUGUGUAGAUGAUUGUGGGGAUAUGCCUGAUCCCAGUCAUAUUUAAUGUUGUUGUGGGACAUUUUUUUAAUCAAACUUCUUUGUAUGGUGUGUUGACCCUUGUUUGUUGGUCAGUCAAUAAAACAUCUACUUCAUUCUAGAUAUACAGGUUUCUGGUGUCUCCUCAGUUGGAUAUGAGAGUAGUCAUGUGCUCCAACAGUUUAGGGUGUAUAAACAGAAGCCAACUAAGAUAGAAAAUUCUCAGACUUGGUUCAUAAAUAAUAAAGAAUACCAGCAUUAGAAA